AUGCGCGACCUGCUAUGCUUCGUCAUCAACCACGUCUUCAUGCCUCCUAGGCUACCCCAGGAGACCGAUGACAGCUCAAAGCACACGGAAUUUCUUCUGUUGACUGUUCGCAAGUCCAUAGAGCUUCACAGGCGGCAGUUUGCUAUAGCUGAGCAUCAAGUAAUGUGGGGCUCUUUGUUGAGGAUGGUGGAUAUCUUGCGACGAAUUAAUGAGUGCCAAGAGGUCGGGAUUAGCGAAUGUAUCGAAAGAAUGAGUCCCGGAGAAACUAUUGCCAUCCUUAUUCGUGCACAAAACGCCGGUGUGAUCAUCCGUUGUGGCGGGAAAGAAACAACAUUCGAGAGUUUCGAAGUCUCUUCAAGGAAUCAAGACGUGAUGGGCUGUACAAGAAAGCUUUUGCGAUCCUUUCCUGGCCCUGCUAUCACUGUUCGUAAUGAUAUCGCCUGCGACCCGGCUUUUCUCAAGGAAUUGGCUGCGUUCCUGACUCAGAUGGACGCUGAAUCACUGGAAGACGCUCAAAUAAUGACUAGGAAGGCGAGAAGCAAUGUCAUUGAAGAGCGCGACACGACCCAUCCUCGGUAUAUUGCCGAAUUGUUGACCGGGAUACUUUGUGGUCUAGGACAGCCUGCGGACGUCUCCCGCAUCCGGAAGAGGACGUCGGAUGAUGUCUUAUGGGAUAAAACUUCACUUCCAUGGAGACGUAGUCCUCUCUGGCUCGUUGUUCGUGUCGCCUUGCAAACUACAAUUCAUCGAGAAACUUUGAGCACCAACGAAUACAAGCGCUUUAUGGUGCUCCUUCUAGCUGAUAUUUUGCGUCUCUCUGUCAAGAACCGUCUAUCAGGUGACAUUCUUCAUUGCAUGCGUGCCAAACUUAGCCGUCGGCUCUUUAAAAUCCGGUCCUGGGUAGAUUCAGCUCUUGUUACAUAUGUGCACGAAGUUGUUCUUGAUACAGAAUGGCUGCUCCAAGAUCGAUGGAAAGCCGUUCAAGACGCGCAGAUGAGAACACCAACAUGGGCGCCAGAUGAGUUGGACGUAAUUGGGGAUACUGAACUCACCCUAAAAAGUUCCAUGGCUCAUAUCAUCGCUGCGCUCGUCCCGGCAGAUCUUCCGCCAGCGGUAAAAGCAAAUGGAUCUAUCGCGCUAUGGGAUUUUGAGCAUUCUGUACAAGAUCAUAUCGAUCUGUGGGUGCGUUCUCAGAUGUACUCCAUCAGCGAAAACGCCUGCGACACACUUUCCAAUUGCAUGACGACAUAUGCCGAAAACGCGGCAAGGCUGUACGCCGGGGUUCCCGAGCAACAGUCCAUCAUGCUGCUCACUCUUUUCGAGCUCUGGAGGGCACUUGAUAUGUUGGCCGUGGCAAGCUGUCCUCUUUUGAAGGAUUAUUCUCCUGAAGUUCCUCCGACUCUAUAUGAGGCUCUUCUGCUUAGGAAAUCCAAAUCGUUGGAGCGGAUUUCAAUGUUCCAGGCGUAUCUCCACAAGCGCUAUCGCGAAGCUAGCGGCGACCCUCGAUCGAUCUUCUCGGAAUCAAUCGAUGAGGAUAUUUUUGCAGUUAAAUUUUUCGACUCAUCUCCGUCGCUUCAGGAAGUAAGGUGCCGUAUAGAGGCGCAAGCGACUGCAAAGCGGGAUGAAAAGCUCCGCGAGCUGAGCUUGUUGAGUCUCGAAUACGAGAAAAAAAUGGAACUGGCUGACUCUCUUGAUCACAGCGACUUCAUCACGCGUCGCGGCUAUGUAGUGCAUGACCGUUAUUGCCAAAAAUGCAAAUGUGAACGACAGGCCAGAGCACUCAAGAUAGAUAUUCACGAAUGGCCACUCCCAGAGGAUGAGAUACGAGCCAAAAUGGUCGUGUUCGAACUCGCAGGCCCUCGGGUUUUCAAGACUUGGAGAACAACUACGUACUGGCUCCUCCGUGACAUUUGCACACCUCCUCUCUCGUCGGUGGAAGCUCACCCGUCUAUGACGCUGGAACACUAUGCUAAUCUCAAUCAUCUCUCUGGAUAUCUUGUUUCUGGUUCUCGGCGUCGGAUCUCGUUGGCAUCUCAGGAGAAGUCCUUUCUGACCUCUCAUUACAACCAUGUGAAAAUCCCGGCAAGCGAAGAAGAUGUCUGUCUUCGGAAUGCGCUAUCAUAUCGACUAUAUGACGAACACCACAACACGUGGGUGCAUCCCCCAUCUUGGGACUGUGGUCUCCGUCAUAAAACGUCCAUACCGAUAUCGCAACGGUCACCCUAUGCUUCCUUGGAGCACUUUGCACAACGAACUUCUCACACUUCAAAUGAGGUUCUUGCAAGCCAGCAUAGAUGUCCACCUUCGCUCAACUUGCAUGAAUUCAUAGCGUUUGGGUCGUUGCGCGCUGGAGCCCGCUUGCAGUGGUAUAAUAUUGUUCGAGAGAUUGCCUCAGGGAAUCUCAGUUUUCAUCGUGAAGAGGUUUAUGACCUGAUAUCACAGGCUGCUUGCCAAAUAGGAUGUCUUUCUAAUGGUGGUCUCUGGGAAUUUCAUGAGGAGUUGCGAAAUCCCUCAUUCGGUGACGUGUUGCUAGGCGUCCUUGAUCAGCUGGGGACGGACAUCGAAGGGAACUGGCUCCACAGCGUCACAGCACUGUCUAUCACCACACUUGCCUCUCGGCUGCUGGCUUCAGCCUCCACAGGAACAUCGAUCAUUUCCAAAACGUAUAGUACACUCCGGAAGAUCCGAAGGAUCACCUUGCGCUGGUUGCGGGAUCUCAUGACACUUGAGUCAGAAGCUCAAGAUGAUUUGGAACGGAACAAGUAUCAAGCAGCAAUAUGUCGAAUAGCUGCAACCUGCAGAAGCACGUUUGACGUUGAUUCGUGCCAUGUCCCUUCACUCCUUCAGAGUUCGAAGGAUGUGGCCACUUUCAUUGAAUGUGCUAUCAUCGUCAACAUCCAUUCUCCGCAGGUGACUUCCGCGAGUGCAGACCCUCAUUUGCACCGAUUGCUUCUCCAAGAUCAGUGCUUGUCUUGUAAUAUGGAAGGCUUCCUCAUUGCCCGUAUCCAGGCCUGGGAACCCAUGAAAGGCAUUAAUAGCGCGGUGGCGAACAUUUGGAACGGAUUCGACUUGACAUGUCGCUGGACAAGGCUACCAGAACCUAAUGAUCGCUGGUUGACCACCACCACCACCAUAGCCGGUCAACGCCGACAGGAGGUUCAUCUCAAUAUAUUGAGUGGUUCUUUACUGAUUGACGGGAAACCACUCGGUCGAUUGCCACCUGAAAUUGUGGGACACUCGACGUAUAUAGAACUUUUUGGCGCAAAAAACCUUGCCGUCGUACCAUCGAACAUGGAGGACAUGUAUUAUGCGACCAAAGUCAGUUUAUCCCGUGGUUCCGGAACCGGAACUCAAGAGGAAGAAGACGGCCACCAGAUAAUUCACUUUGCAUGGCGGGAUGGAAAACUCGUUCUGCGAAGCAGAUCCUGCAUGCUUGACGGGAAGGAUGGUCGGGUCUGGGAGUUGCUACCACGUGAAAUCUUCAGAAAUGAUCUUCCGUCUACACUGAUCGACGAUUACUUUCAUUGGUUGGAGCCAUCCACUCGCCAGGUUGAGCUGCGAUCGAAGGAAGCACCUUGGACGUCAUCUCGAUUAAAUUGGCAUCUACGUCUUACUCGGCACUCCACAUGGGUUAUGGUUAGACAACCUUCUAUUACACUCGUUGACUGUCAAAGUCACACGGCAGAAAUGAUUUGUGUCAUCCUUCGUUCACUUGAAGCUCCGAACAAUGUUCUCAUCACAAGCUCGCCAACACACGAACUUCUGGUCGAUCUUCCCCGGUUCCAGCUUUCUUUCGCCCUGAAAGGUGGAAGGCUCUGUUCGCUCAACUUCCCCGGCUUCGAAGUUGAUGAGAACCAAUCUACAGGCACAAUGCUAGGUCUUCAGAGCCAACUUGUUCUGCGCCAGAGUGAGGAUCUCGCGAACAGUGUGGAGCUUAGUUACUCCAGGCGUGUCAUCAUCCCGAUGGGAGAUAUAUCCAUCACACGAGAUGAUGACCAUGUUGCUGUUACCAUUAAACACUCGGGGUCACGUCGAGUCGAGUAUUAUGACUAUGACGUAGAUACCCUACUUGGCCGUUUGGUUGGAAAUGGAAGUUUAUCCAGCGCAUUGUUUCAGUCGUACCUUCAUGCUAUUACCAGUUAUUGUCUACCUGAUCCCCUCACGUCAUUGUCUGGAACUGAGGAGGCCCUUCGAAUCCUUCGCUCAGCGCGUUGUAAAUCGUUCCAAAGCCUCAAUGGCCAAGAGCGUGGUCUUCUACAUCAGUUGUCGACAUUAACGCCAUCAAGGGAUUGGUAUCCUUCCCACUUGCGGGUGAUGCAACAGACCAUUUGGGAUGGAAAACUUAAUCCGAUUGUCCAGCAUGAUGCUUUCUGGAGCGAGGUACAAUCUAUACUUGAAUGGGGGAAUCAAAUGCAGGUUUUCCAUCAGGAUGUGCCGAUUGGGAACUCGAAAGACAGACGCCAUAUGAGAGAGCUUCAUCUGCUAUCCCGUGCCGGGUACCGCAAUGCGGCCUGGCAUGGUCCUGGCAUAUCGUCGGACGUAUCAGGUGAAGAUUCAGUGUAUGAAUCUCGGGAUGACGUCCGUGGGCUCGACUUUGCUCGUGUUCGUGAUGCCUCGAAUGUCUCUAGCUUGGUAUAUCGUGGUCCUUUUCACCUCAAGACAACAAAAAAUUUGUUAUCUCAGAUUCAAUCGUGGAGGGAGGAGAUUACCACCAAUGACGUGUCGGGUGUCCGUCUAGGAUACAACAAGGAAUGGCUCUCCUUCAACAUGCCAGACACUUGGGCUCCCUUAUACAAUGCUUGUCGAUCAGCUGGGUGGGAAAUAAUCCGGUUUAAAUUGAUUUUUAGCCUCUCGGCGAUGGAAUACUCUCGUCACCCAUGCAAAGAUCUAAUCCCUGCCUUUCUUGCGUUUGCGCGCUACCCUGAAUUCCGUGUCAUAGAUCCGCCGCCGUGGCAACGAUACAAAUUCAGUGAGGGUUGGACACCAGAUCUAGGACUUCUCCAUGCUGCGGUCGCGAAGUGUGUCCUUCCCUUUCAGGAAACCACCAAUCCUUUAGUUCGCGAUGUUGUUCGAAUCGAACGACGAAAGAAAUACGAUGCCCAAGUAUCAUCUCAAGUUUGGUCCUUCGUUGCAGAUCUGGUUAAUCAGUGGGAGAUCGGUGGACCCACAGAUACGCCAACAAUACCAUGUGUGCGGGGUGACGGCGAAUGGCUAAUUAGUCCGUCACUUGCCAUGGUCAGAGUGACCGAAUUGUUCGAACUAUGGUUCAGGAAUUCGGAACUGCAUGAUCACAUCCAGGCAGUUCAGACGGUCUUGGACAGGCACUGGACUUCGGACACUCUGGUGCUGCCUACUUACUCUUUUUGGGCCUCCCCACCGCUGGGAGAAGUGCGCACAUCCUUUGUAUCAUACCGCGAUGUUUUUCUUCGGGAGUCUCCAAUUCUGGCGCCCACACCCUCCCCUCCUAGAGCAAUGAAAUUGUCGGUUGCCAAACCAUCUUCGGUACAUGAUAGUCUCAGGAUUCUCAUCUCGAAUCUCCGCUCAGCUGAAAGUCCCCUGUCUCGAGAGUAUGGGAACGAUCUCGAGGUGAGUAGGGAAGCAUUGCAACAUGACGCUGAAACCAGUGCCGAGUGGGUGGAAAUCCUUCGAGAAGUCCUUGAUCACAGUCACCAGACGUACCGCACAUAUCUCUCCCAUAUCUUAGAGCAAAUCGAACGGGUAAUCAAUCCAGAUCCUCAGUUAGAGGCCCCAGAGGAAGUCAUGCAUGUAGCAGGACUGUGGCCGAAGACCAGUAUACGUUCUUUGCUGCACCACUUAUCAUUCUCAUCGCGCUCAAAAGUUAGCCUUUCCCCUGAUUGGGAAAAUACUCUUGUCUGCCUUGCCCAGUCCAUACUGCUUUUGCAGCAGUCGGAGAGAUUGAUGAGAUCAAGACACAACACCGAUGAUUUCCUAAGGGAAUGUCAGAAUUAUACUGACUUACAUGACACUUCGGACAGACUGGACUGGCUGCUUGUUCAGAUUGACUCGAACUUCCUUAUCCGCUCACUUCAAGUUGAUGUUGCGCGUAACAUGAUGUCUCCCUGCCCACAGGACAACACUAUCCUUCAACUCAAUAUGGGGGAGGGAAAAUCAUCCGUUAUUGUUCCACUGAUUGCCGCAUCUUUGGCGGACGGACAAAAACUGGUCAGAAUCAUUGUGCUAAAACCCUUAGCAAACCAAAUGUUUCAGUUACUUGUCCGACGUUUGAGUGGCCUGGCCAAUCGACGUGUAUAUUACAUGCCCUUCUCCCGCACGAUUUCGGUGGAUGAGAACCACUUGUCCUUAUUUCAAAGGAUCUACCACGAGUGCAUGCAGGCGGGCGGAAUACUGGUCAUGCAGCCUGAACACGUCCUGUCAUUCAAACUCAUGGGUAUAUAUCGACAACUCUCGGCUGUCAUGGACGAGAAGACGCCAAAUGCGAUGCUGAAACUGCAACAAUGGCUAGAUUCGAACGUUAGGGACAUUUUGGACGAGAGCGAUGAGAUUCUAGCGGUCAAAUACCAACUCGUCUACACUGUCGGAGCUCAGCAGCCUCUAGACCAUCAUCCUGACCGAUGGACUGUUGUGCAACAUGUGUUUUCCAUCUUGCGCAGCCACACCCAGUUCAUCGAGGAAUUCCUUCCUCAAGGAGGCUUCGAGCUUGAACAACAAAGAGGCGGAUGCUUCCCUCGUCUUCGCAUCCUCAAAAGCGAGGCUGGCGUGCAGCUCAUGAGUUCUCUUGUACAUGGGAUAAUGUCGGGGAACUCUCCAGACUUGCCUUCGUUAAGGCUAUUCCAUGGGAGAGUGCGACAAGAAGCAGUGGCUUUCAUCACAGAACGGGAUCCUGGAGAACUUGAUGAAUUGCAAAAUCACUGCCGCGGUGACAGCCGCCUAUGGAACACUCUACUCCUGCUAAGAGGCCUUUUCGCCCAAGGAAUACUUAUAUACGUCCUUGGUGAACGUAGGUGGAGAGUAGACUAUGGGCUCGACCUCACACGGUCCCUUCUCGCGGUUCCGUAUCGCGCAAAAGACGUGCCCGCUUUGAGGGCAGAGUUCAGUCACCCAGACGUCUGCAUCUCCUUGACAUGUCUUAGCUAUUAUUAUGGUGGACUAUCCUGUGAUCAACUAGACACAUGCUUCGAAUUGCUCAGUCAGCUGGAGGAUCCUGUGGUGGAAUAUAGCAAGUGGAUAAAAGAGAAUUGCUUUGUGCCGAAGUCCCUCAGCGACUAUAGCAGUUUUAAUCCCGAUGACCACAGACAAAGGAUCGACCAUCUAUAUCCAGCUUUCGCGAGGAACCAAGAGACAAUCAACUUCUUCCUCUCUCGGGUCGUUUUUCCAAGGGAAGCCAAGGCAUUCCCGCAAAAACUUUCCACAUCUGGCUGGGAUAUCGCUGAACGAAGACAGCAUGUAACAACGGGGUUCAGUGGUACGAAUGACAACCGCUAUCUUCUUCCCACUUCUAUCAGACAAGCCGAUAUUCCUCCGCAAUUAAGCACAAAUGCCAAGGUGUUAAAUUUGAUGCUCCAGCCCGAGAAUAAUCAUUACCGAACUGCAGCCAGUGGCAAGUUUCUGGACCUCGUUAUCAAGGAGACCCCCCAAAUCCGAGUUCUGUUGGAUGUGGGCGCUCAAAUGUUGGAGUACUCCAACAAGGGCUUAGCAUCGAUAUGGCUCUCGCAAAUACCUGAGGGGGAUGUAGAUGCUGCGAUCUUCUUCUCCGAAGACGAUGAGAUCCAUGUUAUUAAGCGCGACGGGGAAACAGAGCCGUUCACUUCAUCCUCAUACAGACGUCGACUUGAUCGAUGCCUUGUGUACCUCGAUGAUUCCCAUACAAGAGGGACCGACUUGAAAUUGCCCAUUGAUUAUCGCGCAGCAGUUACAUUAGGCCGGAAAGUAACAAAGGAUAGACUGGUUCAAGGUGAGCUUCUCAUUGAGAUUGAAUUGCACCAGCCGAGGCAGAGGCGCAUGUAUUCAGGAUGUAUGCGAAUGCGCAGGCUGGGACAGGGGCAAUCUGUCAUAUUCCUCGCGCCCCCCGAUGUGGAUCGCGCCAUCCGCAAGGUGUCUGCAAAGGAAGAUGGAGAACGAAUCACUGCAUACGAUGUUCUUUCUUGGUCCAUUAGUGAGACAUGUGCAAGUCUACAGCGUCAUAGCUGCCAUUGGAGAGAGCAGGGCAUUCAUUACAUCGAUAGGCGAUGCGCGUGGGAGGAGUUUUGGUCAUCUGGAGCCAGCGAAGCCUCCAAACUAGAAAGAUAUUGGUUGCAACCCGAGUCGAAGUCCUUGGAGGAAAUGUAUGAGGCAUCACCCUCUUCCGAGCAAUUGGAGCGGGAGCCACCCCACCACCCCGGAGCCGACUGUCGAGAGAUUGAGCAGAGGAGCCGCGUUUUCUUGUCUCCUACGGACAAUGAGGUGGUGAGGAUGGAAGAAGAGCAAGAACGUGAGGUAACACACGAACUUGAACGGGAGCGGCAAAUUGAGAGACCAUCAGCUUUGCUCCCUGCCUCUCAUAUCCUCCAUCCUGAUGUCGUUUCGUUCGUGCGGAGUGGCCAAAUAUCGCCAGAUACAUCCCCUGCUUUCAUUCCACUCUUCUCCUCGGUCUCAAUCCUUCCUCGGUCCUUCCAACAGGGCGCUAAAUGGUCUAACGAUCUUUUUGCAACUAGAGACUUCACUUCCACCAUUCAAGGCACGAACGUCCAGGAAAACAUCGAAUUCCUUCGACCCGUCAAUUGGAUACUAUCCAGUACCCGCAACUCGACGCUCGUGGUUUGCAGCCCUUUCGAAGUAAAUAAAUUGAUCCCCGAAAUUCGCCGUAGCCACAACACUACGUUACGCGUUUACUCUCCAAGAACGAGUCAGCCGAUGAAGUCCUUUGAUGAUCUCGAAUUUUACACGAUCCCAUAUUUACCAACGAUGCAGACGCAUCCCGAGAGGCUCACUAUCUCACAGCUGGGUGUAUUCUCCGGCCAGUUAUACCUCAAGGACCUUGAAACAUAUCUUGAACUUUGCAAUUUUUUGGGAGUUAACACUAGCCAUGAUGGGAGCAAUGAGGUCGAAACACAGAGCGACGGUUUUAUCCUUCCCAAAAAUCGUACAGAGAUGCGCUUGGUCUGUCCAUUUGAUAACAGCCCUCUGCCCUUUAUCCACAGGCUCACGAGUCUCAGGAGGAAGGGGAUACCCUAUACUUCCACUCAUCUUGGACGAAUUGUUCAUGGAGCAUUCGUGCGACCAGAGGAUUUUUGA